AUGCUAACAGCGCCACGGCGCCUCCUCCGGCUCUGUGGCUCCACCUUCAGGAUGGGCGAAUCGGCCUCCAGGCUGCCGCGGAAGGAAGAGGCGCUCCCCGGCAGGAGCCAGCGCAUCGCGGUGGCAGAUAAACAUCAUGUCAAUGGAAACAGAAUGGUAGAACCUUUCCCAGAGGGAACGCAGAUGGCUGUAUUUGGUAUGGGCUGCUUCUGGGGAGCUGAGAGGAAGUUUUGGAGACAGAAAGGAGUCUACUCCACUCAUGUGGGUUACGCAGGAGGGUAUACUCCAAAUCCUACCUACAAAGAAGUCUGUUCAGGUAGGACUGGCCACACGGAAGCUGUACGAGUGGUAUAUCAGCCAGAAAACAUCAGCUUUGAGAAACUGCUCAAGGUCUUCUGGGAGAAUCAUGACCCGACACAAGGAAUGCGGCAAGGUAAUGACAUUGGCACUCAGUAUCGUUCAGCCAUCUACACCUUUUCCCAAGAACAGAUGGAAGCUGCCUUGAAAUCUAAGGAAGAAUAUCAAAAGGUAUUGACAGAAAGCGGUUUUGGUGCCAUCACAACAGAAAUCCGGGAGGCUCCGGAGUUUUAUUACGCUGAAGAUUACCAUCAGCAGUACCUCAGCAAGAACCCCAACGGAUACUGUGGCCUCGGGGGAACGGGGAUUUCCUGCCCAAUCGGGAUCAGGAAAUAGCUUGUGCUCAUGGCACCUCCAGUGCUUUGUUCUAGAGAGUUGUUCUGAAAAGGCCGACAGCGAUGAGAGGUGUUCCGGUACCCACAGCAUCAGCACAUCAAGAUUUGGGAUGGCUUGCUGUAAUCUGAGCAGUUUCCUGUUCAUUGACAUUAAAAGCCAAGGAGAUAUGGAAAUUUUGCUUGCUGGCCAAUGCAGCUUCUUGCUCUGUGCAGUUCCCUGAUUUCCUCAUAAGCUUGAAAUUUAGAGAGGAAAGAAACUUCUUAAAGUUUGGCUUGAAAAAACGCUGUUAAAGGGAUGGAUUAUGGAGUGGCUGCACCCAUUAAGCACUUUGCAUAGCUAAUGUCUAUAGGCAUACUUAUUUUCUUGGAUUGAUGAAUUUGUUCAUGCUUUAGCUUUGACUUCUGGAGACAUGGCUGAGCUCAUCUUAGCUAUCACAACCCUGUAAUUUGAUGUCUUUGAGAAUGAUGAAUUUAGAAGAUCAGUAGUUCUCUCACAAUUCCACUUUUGCUGCAACGUGUAAUAUCACCUAUAGUGCCUAUUUUCUGAAGCAAUUUUAGUAAGAAAAAGUAAAAAUUGUAAUGUGAUACUUUUGACAGUUCCAAAAAAUGUACAAACACAGAAAGAAAUCAAUUUGGUUUCCUGCACUACAAUAAAUUACAAAGACAGGAAAGAAAAA